AUGAUGAAAUCCAUCUUCGCCAUCGUCUUUUUCUCCGUUUUCGUUUCUGCACCUCAACACCCAACCUUCCCAGAAAGUUCCACCUCGAAUCAGAUCCCCCAGUUCAUUCUAGAUCUCGGGAAUGACUACAUCGAAGCAAACCGCCACAUAUUAGAAUUGCACGGCAACCCCAAGGAGGUGCUCUGCCACCAAGAAUCUCUACUUCGAGACUCCCUCCCAUUCAGCGUUCCAGAUGAUCUGUUCAAUGGAUUGUUCAUCGACAAUAUCAGGUUUUCAACACCUCGCCGGGGGUGGCAGAAUGCCCAGGAUAGGUUAUCCGAGAUUCUGGACUGCCCAGCAGCCCUUGAGUCAUGUUCAAGAUUUUACGUCAACAUCUAUCGGCAUGAAUACGACACUGUAAUGAUUCACCCAAAUGUGACGAUGCAAUACCAUUAUAUGGGCGACAGCAUUGCCCCAAUUGAUACACACAAUGAACUAGGGGAGCAAGCCGAUGCCCCGACUGCUCUGGCAGAUUUGUUUGUUGAAGUUCUAACCUCCAUGCCCAACCUGCAGACGGUCGAAUGGAAAGGCCCUGAAGGGACUUUGCAAGGUGAACAUUUCGAUGGAAUGUUCACCGAACGCCGGCUUUCGUUACCGACGGUCAAAACUAUGCAUCUGCGGUCAGAUUUUAUAUUCCUCGCCGGCAUGGCACCCAGCCUAGAGUUGUUGACAUAUACUCCGGUUCUAUCUACGCAUCAAUCGCAAGAAAGGUACCGGAAACAGGUGCUGAAAAUCAUAUCAGACCUACCAAGUUUGAAGAGCGUUCGGCUGCAUUCCUCGUGGGACGAGCGUGAUUUCCUGGAGCUGUACAAGGCAGUUCCAAGACUGGAAAGACUGGAAAUUGAUGGUAUUGUGGAGUUCGUGGACUUUUCUAGCUUCAUGUGGUCCGGCAAGAAACCAUAUCCCGAGGGAUACAGAUUAAGAGCAAGUUUUUUAAGUGAAUGCAUGUCGCGCCGUUACAAGGACAUCCUUUCGCCUACAGGGGGGUUCUUGGUUGCCAAGUUUGGAAGGUAUGAGGCGUUUAGGCAUAUACAAAAAACGGAACAAGUUGCAGCACUCGUUCUCAAGGAGUUGCCGAAUCUUGAACGGCUUUGCGUUGGGGGAACAUGUACAAACCUGACCGAUGACAAGGCGCCUCGUUGGCCUUGGUCUGGGCGCGUACGCGAAUACCUACUCAGCAAAUACAGCAGGUGGAACUCCGAGGUCUGGGGGAAAAUGCUGGUUGAGGAUCCUGAUGGACCUGUUUUCUUCACUCGCGAGGAAGAUAAAACAUGGCUGGAGGCCGAUAAAGAGCCAGGGGAAUUAGACCUCAUCAAACCAGAUCGUGAUUCAUGGUUAGCUUGGGAUGACAGGUACUCUUGCCUCGGCGUCAUUAAAUGA